AUUUCAGUUUGAACACAUUGUUCGAGAUAUAGUUUAAUUGCCUAAUGUGUAUAACUGUGUGUGCUCGACAGAUCUAAUAUGGUUCUAUAAGCUUGUGUGACUUGAUUUUACACUCAAACUGAAACUGAAACGGACUUCUUAUAGCCAUAUAAUGUGCAAGCUAAAUCAGAGCAAAUGUUUGCGUCGUCGUUUGCUGCCAUUGGCAUUUGUUGUCUGUCUGUUGGCAUUGCCAAAUGUGCGCGCUGCCAAUAGCAGCAGCAACAACAAUAAGAGUGAAAUCAUAGCCGAUGCUGAGCUAAGCGCCUCGGAGCGCAAUCGACGGCUCAUACCCUAUAUGGCAUUUUAUUUGCCGGCACCGGAGCUGCCCAUCAAUCAGCAAUAUGCUGUGAAGCAUAUUUCGGCUGCUGGUGCCGCGCAUCUUGCACCGCCAGCAAUACCCGCGCGCAUACCCGUGCCCGUUGCUUAUAUGACGCAGCCGCAUCGGCAUAACGAGCAGCAGCAACAGCAGCAGCGUUAUCAAGCUGGUGCAGCCGAUGUGUAUCAUGCAUUGGCGCAGCAUCAGGCGGGACCAGCAGGACCGCCAGUCUAUGCAAAGGAGCCAACAGCAGAGGCGGGCGGCGCUGCUUUUAUAGCCUACAAACCAUUGAACCCAACGCAUAAGCAUAAGACAGUGCAACAUUUUCCACCUCUAAGCCAGCAGGAGCAGCAGCAGCAACAUCAGCAGCAACAGCAAUUGGAGCUGCUGCCGCCGCCGCUGCAAUUUUAUCGGCAACAUGGCAAACAAUCGAAAAUCAAUUUAACACCAUUUACAGCACAGAAUACGCUGCCAGGACACUUUGUGCCCAUUAUUUAUGGGCCAGUGAGCAAGCCAAGCAGCAACAAUGAGCUGCUUAAUGGCAAUACAAUCAACUACAACAGAAACAACAACAACAAUCAUAAGCUGCAGCAACAGCAGCAACCAGCAACUGAUAUCUAUCAUAAAAAUGCGCAUCAAACACAAAUUGUGACGGAUUAUGCGGAGGAGCAAGAGCGUCAGGAGAAUGCGUUGCAUGCACCAGCACCAAGUGCUGUUGCUGGCUAUAAGGUCUACAAAGAGUCAGACCCAGCCACAGGCACAGCCAUCACCACAAGCUCAUCAUCCACCACGACACUGGGAAACAUCAAGAACGCUUUGGUGCUGCGUGGUGGUCAAAAAGCUGCUGCUGGGCAUGUGAGCAAAUACGAGAGCUACUUUAAUAUGUCGCCGGAUCAAGAGCAGCUGACGCCGCAGGAGAAAUACGUGCACUACUUGCAACAGCGCAUGAAGCAGCAGCAACAACAGCAACAAAAUGAGUUGCAAGCACAUGUUAAGGCUGUGGGCAAACAUCAAUACAGUCAUGCACAUCAUAAGCCACCAGCAGCACCAGCACCACUGCAACACAAUCAAUCGCCACAUAAUUACAAUAGACUCUUUGUGCGCCCCACCGCGUCCCACAAUGCGCAGCAACAGCAACAGGUGUUGCACAUACCGUUGCGUAGCAUUAUGGCCAACCUGCAUGAGCAGGAGCCGUUGCUUGGCUCCCCAGCGCCGCCACCAGCUAUAAUCGACUAUCUCAUUGAUGCACCGCGUCAGUCACUGGAUGAAGAGCCAGCGCAUCAUCAUCAUCAUCCUCAGCCAACUCCAGCACCACAACACGCUUUUAUACUGGUGACCAGCGCCGCGCCCUAUACGCCGGCACGCUUACCAGAGCUAACGCCCACACGUGCUCCCUUAUUAUACAAACACCAGCCCACGCUGCGACUGCAACCCGUAGCGCCGCCUACGCCCAAGUAUAAAGCUACCAGGCGUCCCAUUUAUGUAGCACCACCCACGCCCAGCCAACAAACUGUGCAAAUAACACCCAAGUACAGUUAUAAGCCAACAGUACUGGAAGCGCCUAGCGUUAAGCUGAAGCCUGUGCAUAAAUAUGCAGCCAGACCCAAUCAGUUGGACUCGGAUCUGCCUGAUAUACAUAGCAGCUCGUUAGCGGAGAUUCUACACAAGUUGCAAGCAAGCAAUCAUUUGCCACAAACGUUAACACCCGACAACAUUGAUAACUCCAUCAAAACGUUAAUACGUAUAUUAAAUAAUCUCAAGCAAACUCAGUCUCAAACGCUGUCUAAGCUGCCAGAUUUACCACAGCAGCAACAAUAUGAACAUGAAAGCAGUAAACAGCAAUAUGCAAGCAGUAAACCAAGCAGUGCAGACUACGAAGAGCAAGCAGUGGACACAACAACGUUGCCAGCGCUAGUGGACAGCAGCGAUGCCGCUGUUUACAAACUAAAUGCACCAAAUAAACAUCCUGGUCCUAGCACUGGACGUGCUGGCAUUGAUUAUCCCAACUAUGCGGAUAUACCAAAGACAAGCUUUGAAUGCACAUCGCAGCGUUACAAAGGCUUCUUUGGUGAUCCCGAAACUGAUUGCCAGGUCUGGCACUACUGCGAUCUCAAUGGCGGCAAAGCCUCGUUCCUAUGCCCCAAUGGCACUAUCUUUAGUCAGAUUGCGCUUACCUGCGACUGGUGGUUCAAUGUCAAGUGCUCCACAACUUCGCAGCUUUAUGUGUUAAAUGAGCGUCUAUACAAAUAUAUACUGCCGUUUAAUCCCAAAUUUCCACAGGACUACAAUGGACCCAUUGUGGAUAAAUAUUUGGCCAUGAAGUUCCAGGAGAUGGAAGAAAAAAUGCGCGUGGACAAACAACGCAAAGCGAAUGAGCAGCAGGCCAAGGCUACGCAAACUCAAGAAGCUUCGACGCCUGCGCUGCCCAAGAAUCACAAGCCGGAGCCCAAGUCUGGCAGCGGCAUUAAUGCACAAGUCUAUGAGCAAAGCUCUGAGCGCAAUUUGCUUAUAGACGAUGAGAUCGAUGAUAUAUCGGAGCGUGGCACAUUUGAUACAUUCGAACAGACGCCCACAACGAUAAUGGCGCCCACAGCAACAGCAACAGCACUGGACAAGCAGCCACUUGGACUCAAACCCAUAAUAGUAUCCUCCACGCCCGAGCCAGAGCUGCAGCAAGCAGUGCAAGAAACGAACAGCAACAAUGAACAGGACGAAGCAGAAGUGGAGGAUAAGCUGCAGAUUCUAAGGGAUACAAGUGCGGCUGUUGUGCAAAAACUUGCAGAGAGCGGCGUUAGCGUUGAGAAACAAGAGGUUAUUGAAAUUAAAACAGACGGCAGCACUGGUCAUCUGCUGCCGCCUGUUGUUGACUCAGCGGAGGAGGAGCAGGAGCAAAGCAGCGAACAACAGUCGAGUGCAGCAUCGGCAGAAGAAUGAAAGAGCACGCACUCUGGCUUAUAGCUUGCCAUAUUCUGAUUGAGAAUUAUAUAUUCGUACUUGUUUAUGUUUUGUCGGCUGUACGACUUAAAUUAUUUGAUUAUUAGCGUGUUACUACUGUAAAUAGCAAAUACACAACUAGCCAUAGGUCUCAAAUUGGUUAUGCCUAAACUCAAUACUAUGCAUAUCCAUAAUACCCACAUAUAUGUUUGUAUAUAAUUUAUAAUUAAACGAGUAUUAAAAUAAAAAUAAAAGCAUUGCUC